GCUCCGAUGACUGACCAUUUCUAAACCGUUCGUUCGUCACUUUCCCUCCACUCGCCAGCAAUGCGAUGAUGGACGCUGUCUCCCUCCCGACCCACACCGCCCACCCGCCCCCGCUCUCCUCCGCCGCCGCCCUCUCCGCCGCGAAACGCCGCGCCUCCUCCGUCUCCUUCUCCCGGCGGCCCCGCCACGAGCCCUACCCGGAGCCCGACCCCGACCCCGAGGACUCCGCCUCCGGUCCCUCCACCUCCUCGAACCCCCUCCGUCGACCCCGGGACGUCAGGAAGCCCUCUCCCUCGUCUUCCUCCGCCAAGCCGAGGGUCAAAAUCCCCCAAAACCCGCUGAAGAGCCUCGCUAGUCCCUCUCAUCGUCCCGGUUCCACCUCCGCCGCCGCCGCCGCCGCCACUGGAACGGCCGCUUCUCUCUCCAACAAGCUCUGGCUCUCCAGCAAGCUCGCACCGCCUCCUCCUCUACCUCCUCCGCCACCGCUUCCGCCACCACCAGAACUCGGUGAAAAUGACGUUCGAGAGGGUGGAAGUCGAGGCACUGGGGAUUCGGAUUCGGAUUCGAACGGCGCUCCGCCGGCGGCUAUUGAUUACCGUCAACUGAGCAAGAUUUUCGUUGGCAAUUUGCCUAACUGGAUUAAGAAGAACGAGGUAGCCGAGUUUUUUGGCCAGUUCGGGCCGAUCAAAAACGUGAUCCUCAUUAAGGGGCACAAUGAGACCGAGAGAAAUGCCGGCUUCGGAUUUGUUAUCUACAGCGGUCCGGUCGCGGCCAAGUCUGCAAUGAAGGCAGUGGAGUUCGACGGAGUGGAGUUCCAUGGUAGGGUUUUGACAGUGAAGCUAGAUGAUGGCAGGAGGCUGAAGGCAAAAUCGGAGGAGAGAUUGCGGUAUGUGGAGGGGAAUGGUGGGGUGGAGUUUAGGACCAAGUGGCAUGAAGAGAGGGAGGGGUCAAGGAAUGCGUUUAGGACGGUUUUGGACACGGAGCCGGAGAAUUGGCAAUCGGUUGUUAGUGCCUUCGAGCGGAUAAAGAAGCCAUCCAGAAGAGAGUUUGGCCUGAUGGUAAACUAUUAUGCAAGAAGAGGUGAUAUGCACCGAGCACGAGAAACAUUUGAGAGCAUGCGAGCAAGGGGAAUAGAACCUACCUCACAUGUUUACACCAAUCUUAUUCAUGCUUAUGCUGUUGGUAGAGAUAUGGAAGAAGCAUUAUCUUGUGUGAGAAAGAUGAAGGAAGAAGGCAUCGAGAUGAGCUUGGUGACUUAUAGCAUACUUGUGGGAGGAUUUGCAAAAAUUGGCAACGCUGAAGCUGCAGAACACUGGUUCAGGGAGGCUAGGGAGACUCAUGCAACGAUAAAUGCAAGGGUUUAUGGGAAUAUCAUAUAUGCUCACUGUCAAACAUGCAACAUGGAUCGAGCUGAAGCAUUGGUAAGAGAGAUGGAAGAAGAAGGAAUAGAUGCUCCCAUCGACAUCUAUCACACCAUGAUGGAUGGUUACACAAUGGUGGGCAAUGAGAAUAAAUGCAUUGUUGUUUUUGAAAGACUUAAGGAAUGCGGCUUCACACCUUCCGUAGUUACUUAUGGAUGUCUGAUCAAUCUCUACAUCAAGAUUGGAAAGGUUUCUAAAGCGUUGGAGAUCAGCAAAAUGAUGGAAGGGGCUGGCAUAAAGCAUAACAUGAAGACCUAUUCAAUGUUGAUCAAUGGAUUCUUAAAACUAAAGGAUUGGGCUAAUGCAUUUGCAAUUUUUGAGGAUGUAAUCAGAAGUGGUUUGAAGCCUGAUGUAGUGCUGUACAAUAAUAUCGUCAGAGCAUUUUGUGGGAUGGGAAACAUUGAUCGUGCAAUCAGCACUGUUAAGCAAAUGCAGAAGGAGAGGCAUAGACCUACCUCACGUACAUUUAUGCCCAUCAUACAUGGUUUUGCAAGAGCUGGGGAGAUCAGAAGAGCUCUAGAGAUGUUUGAUAUGAUGAGGCGGAGUGGAUGCAUUCCUACCGUGCACACUUUCAAUGCUCUGAUUCUUGGUCUUGUGGAGAAGCGUCAGAUGGAGAAGGCUGUUGAAAUAUUGAAUGAAAUGACCCUGGCAGGCAUAAGUCCAAAUGAACAUACGUACACAACCAUCAUGCAUGGUUAUGCAUCACUAGGUGACACAGGAAAAGCUUUUGAAUAUUUUACUAUGAUGAGAAACGAGGGCCUGGAACUUGAUGUGUAUACAUACGAGGCAUUAUUGAAGGCAUGUUGUAAGGCAGGAAGGAUGCAAAGUGCACUGGCAGUUACUAGGGAAAUGAGUAUGCAAAGGAUUCCCAGAAACACAUUUGUCUACAACAUAUUGAUUGACGGAUGGGCUCGACGAGGUGAUGUCUGGGAGGCUGCUGAUCUAAUGCAACAAAUGAUAAAGGAAGGAGUUAAACCUGAUAUCCACACUUACACAUCCUUCAUCAAUGCUUGUUGCAAGGCUGGAGACCUGGCGAAAGCAUCAAAGACAAUGGAAGAAAUGGAAGCUUUGGGGGUGAAACCAAAUGUCAAAACCUACACGACGUUAAUACAUGGGUGGGCACGUGCAUCUCACCCGGAGAAGGCCUUGAAAUGCUUUGAAGAGAUGAAGCAGGUCGGUUUGAAGCCAGACAAAGCCGUGUAUCACUGCUUGAUGACAUCGUUGUUAUCAAGGGCAACUGUUGCUGAAGCUUACGUGUACUCUGGAGUUUUAUCUAUAUGCAGAGAGAUGAUAGAGUGUGGGUUCACUGUUGACAUGGGGACUGCUGUUCAUUGGUCAAAGUGUUUGCGCAAGAUUGAGAGGACCGGUGGGGAGCUCACGGAAGCGCUACAGAAGACUUUUCCUCCCGACUGGAAUUCAAUGCACGCUCUUGAUAAUAAUAUGGAUGGUGGGAGUGACAAGGAAUCUGAUGUUAGCGAUGAUGACUUAUUUCAUGCUGCUGCAACUGAUGGUGACGACAACGACAGCGAAGACGACGACGACGACGACAAUCUCGGUCCGAGAUUAUGGUAGUGAUCUGGUAUACGUCAGUAUGCAAGAGUCUUUCUGGAUCCCUCAAAACUCUUCAGACUCAAUUUGAAGAAAGAGGUCCUAUGUGCUUUCCCCUGAUGAUAGAAUAGUUGCUGUAACCUUUUGUUUUCGGCGUAGGGACUACGUGGGGACACCGACUUGGUUUGGUUCAGAGAGAGAGAGAGGGAGAGAGAUGUUGCUUUUCUACCCCAUUUGUGCAUCCUUCUAGUUCUUUUGUGAUACGUACUUCGCAAUGUACUCGUAGACAAGACAAGUAAAUAAGUGGACAGCCUAACAAAUUGGAGAUCCUUUUUAGUUGUCAAACAAAUAAAACGAUUCACUGUUGCUUUUUC